AUGCUACAUCAGAUGGACGUCAAGACAGCGUUUCUUAACGGCUCCCUCGACGAAGACAUCUACAUGGACCAACCGACAGGAUGCCUGGAUGAAAAACAGCCGGAAUAUGUGUGCAAGCUAAAGAGAUUGCUCUACGACUUAAAGCAAUGGCCACGCAUGUGGAGCCAAACGAUCGAUGAGUUCAUGAUCAAGAUGGGAUUCAACAAGUGCGAAUCGGACCACUGCAUCUACAUCAAGCGAGACAACCAAGACAUGAUUCUCGUGGUGCUCUACGUCGGUGAUCUCAUCCUGGCCAGAAACAACAACAAACUACUCAAGUCGACCAAGAUGGCGCUGAGCACACCCUUCGAAAUGACGGAUCUCGGUGAGCUCAAUUAA